AUGCAUCUCCUCCGCGCGCUCCGCGCGUCCUCCUCUGCUCUCCGCCGCAGCCACCGCCUGAUUUCCGCCUUCGCCUUCGCUGUCGACCAGCAAAUCCGUUGCCACCCGCCGAUUGACAGCGCCGUGCCAUGGAACAAGCUCCUCCGAGACCACAUCGCCGGCUCCCGCCCGGGCCUUGCCCUCGCGCUCUACCGCCUCAUGCGCGCGCUCUCCCCCGUGCUGCCCAACUCCUACACGCUGCCGCUCGCCCUCCGCGCCGCGCCUUCCUGGCGCCUCGCCUCUGCCGUGCACGCCCACGCGAUCCACCUCGGCCUCCACUCCCACCCGGACGUCGCCGGCCAGGUCCUCGCAGCCUACGCCAGGCUCGGCCGCGCGGUCGAGGCCCGCCGCGUGUUCGACGCAUUGCCGGUGAGGAGGAGCACCCUCUCCUGGAACACGCUCAUCUCCGCGUGCUCCAUCGGGUGCGACCACGACGCGGCGUGGGCCGCGUUCGCGCGCAUGGUGGCUGCCGGGGCGUGCCCGGACGCCGUGACGUGGACCACGCUGCUCUCGGCGCACGCGAGGUGCGGGAGGCACCCGGAGGCUCUUCGACUGUUCGGGGACAUGCACCGCAGUGGGUGCGAGGGCAAUGCCGAGGCCGUCGCUGUGGCGCUCUCGGCGUGCCCGUACGCCGGCGGCCCUGCACUGGCGAGGGGGAGGUCGAUACAUGCUUACGGCUUUGUGAAGGGCGUCGUCCAUGGCUACCUGUUCGUCACCAACUCUCUGGUGUGCAUGUACGGCAAGCUUGGAGAGAUGGAGGCGGCUGAGAAGGUUUUCUGGGAUGCUGGGACGAAGAAGAAUGCCGUGACAUGGAACGCUCUCAUCACUAGUUACGCCGCUGCUGGGUUGUGCGGUGAGAUGCUCGGUGUGCUUGCCCGGAUGGAACAGUUUGGAGGCAUAGUCGCGCCCAAUGUCGUGAGCUGGAGUGCUGUCAUUGGCGGAUUCGCGUCAUCAGGGGACAUGGAGCAAGCACUGCAGCUGUUCCGGCAAAUGCAGCAACAGUGGCUUUUGCCGAACGUGGUGACAUUAGCGACAGUUCUUUCAGCUUGCACAGAGUUGCUGGCGUUGCGGCUGGGUCAGGAGGUCCAUGGCCACACGAUCAAAGCAGCCCUAGACCGACAUUCGCUGGUCCAGAACGGUCUCGUCAACAUGUACGGAAAAUGUGGGAGGGUGACUGCUGCGCGCAAGGUGUUCGAUCGGAUGAAGAGCAGGGACUUGAUUUCAUGGAACUCGAUGAUCGGGAGUUAUGGCACGCAUGGAUUGUGUGAUGAAGCCCUUGCAAUGUUCCAAGACUUGACAGGGGCUCUUGUUGAGCCUGACGGUGUUACAUUCGUCGCCGUGUUGUCUGCAUGUAGCCACACAGGGCGUGUCACAGAGGGCCGCCACUUGUUCAACCAGAUGGUGCGGGAGCACAAGAUCUCCCCAACCAUGGAGCACUACACCUGCAUGGUUGACCUCCUGGGGCGUGCCGGCCUGCUGAAGGACGCGUCUGAGCUCAUCGAGACGAUGCCAAUGAGGCCCGACCUGUGCGUGUGGGGAGCGCUGCUCAACUCUUGCAGGAUUCACGGGGAUGCAGCUGUUGCCGAAGCUGCCAUAGCCAAAGUUCUGCAGGCUGAGACGGUGACCACCGGCAAUCACACGCUGAUCACAAACCUGUACGCCGCGUUCGGGAUGUGGGAUGAUUCCAAGAGGGUGAGGGUGAUGACAAAGGAGGCAGGGUUGAAGAAGAAUCCGGGUCAGAGCUGGAUUCAAGUGAGGAACAAGGUGUUCGCCUUCACGGCCGGGAGCAUGCCGUCGUCUGAAGCCGAGGAGAUUCUCAGGGUGCUUGACGAUCUGUAUGCGGAAAUGGAAGACGAAAAGCGUGCCAUGUAUGAUGCCAUUGCAAACAUUGUGUAG